AGGAUUGGGUGCGGGGCGGGGCGGCGGAGGGAUUGCGGCGGCCGCAGCCGGGAUAACCUUGGGGCUUAAGCGGCCGACUCUCGCACUACAGCGACGCGUCGCGAGGGUCCGGACUCUUCUGCAGUAGCAGUGCAGCUCGUGCGGGACCGCGCCGGAGGACCUCAGCAGCCAUGUCGAAGCCCCACAGUGAUGUCGGCACUGCCUUCAUCCAGACCCAGCAGCUGCACGCGGCCAUGGCCGACACGUUCUUGGAACACAUGUGCCGUCUGGACAUUGACUCGCCACCCAUCACGGCCCGGAACACUGGCAUCAUCUGUACCAUCGGCCCAGCUUCCCGAUCGGUAGAGAUGCUGAAGGAGAUGAUUAAGUCUGGAAUGAAUGUGGCUCGUCUGAACUUCUCUCAUGGAACCCACGAGUACCACGCAGAGACCAUCAAGAACGUGCGCACAGCCACGGAAAGCUUUGCUUCCGAUCCCAUUCUCUACCGGCCGGUUGCCGUGGCCCUGGACACCAAAGGACCUGAGAUCCGCACGGGGCUCAUCAAGGGCAGCGGCACUGCGGAGGUAGAGCUGAAGAAAGGGGCCACGCUCAAGAUCACUCUGGACAACGCCUACAUGGAGAAAUGCGACGAGAACAUCCUGUGGCUGGACUACAAGAACAUCUGCAAGGUGGUGGAUGUGGGCAGCAAGAUCUACGUGGACGAUGGGCUUAUUUCUCUGCAGGUGAAGCAGAAAGGUGCUGACUUUCUGGUGACGGAGGUGGAGAACGGUGGCUCCUUGGGGAGCAAGAAGGGCGUCAACCUCCCUGGGGCUGCUGUGGACUUGCCUGCUGUGUCGGAAAAGGACAUCCAGGAUCUGAAAUUCGGGGUGGAGCAGGAUGUAGACAUGGUGUUCGCAUCUUUCAUCCGCAAGGCAUCGGAUGUCCAUGAAGUCCGGAGGGUCCUAGGAGAGAAAGGGAAGAACAUCAAGAUAAUCAGCAAAAUUGAGAAUCAUGAGGGAGUUCGGAGGUUUGAUGAGAUCCUGGAAGCCAGCGAUGGCAUCAUGGUGGCUCGUGGUGAUCUAGGCAUUGAGAUUCCUGCAGAGAAGGUCUUCCUGGCUCAGAAGAUGAUGAUCGGGCGGUGCAACCGAGCCGGGAAGCCUGUCAUCUGUGCUACGCAGAUGCUGGAGAGCAUGAUCAAGAAGCCCCGUCCCACCCGGGCUGAGGGCAGCGAUGUGGCCAAUGCGGUCCUGGAUGGAGCCGACUGCAUCAUGCUGUCUGGAGAGACAGCCAAAGGGGAUUACCCGCUGGAGGCCGUUCGCAUGCAGCACCUGAUAGCUCGUGAGGCUGAGGCAGCCAUGUUCCAUCGCAAGCUGUUUGAAGAACUUGUACGAGGCUCAAGCCACUCCACAGACCUCAUGGAAGCCAUGGCCAUGGGCAGCGUGGAGGCUUCUUAUAAGUGUUUAGCAGCAGCUUUGAUAGUUCUGACGGAGUCUGGCAGGUCUGCUCACCAGGUGGCUAGAUACCGCCCCCGUGCCCCCAUCAUUGCUGUGACCCGGAAUCACCAGACUGCUCGCCAGGCCCAUCUGUACCGCGGCAUCUUCCCUGUGGUGUGUAAGGACCCAGUGCAGGAGGCCUGGGCUGAGGACGUGGACCUCCGGGUGAACUUGGCCAUGAAUGUUGGCAAGGCCCGAGGCUUUUUCAAGAAGGGCGAUGUGGUCAUUGUGCUGACUGGGUGGCGCCCUGGAUCCGGCUUCACCAACACCAUGCGUGUCGUGCCUGUGCCGUGAUGGGCCCCAGAGCCCCUCCUCCAGCCCCUGUCCCAUCCCCUUCCCCCAACCCAUCCAUUAGGCCAGCAAUGCUUGUAGUACUCACUUGGGGGCUGUCAUGUGGCACUGGUGGGCUGGGAUGCCAGGGAAGAUUAAUGCCUCUGUAAAACAUGACUGUUUUUUAGGACCCUGUUCAGGUGAAUUGACCCAGAGCUGGGUUGCUCAUCGUGUAACCUCAGCCAAGCAAGGGACGAAGGAAGCGUGCAGGACUGGAAGCCCCAGAGCUUAACCCAGAGGGCAACAGCUCCUGCUUCCCUCCUUUGCGUAUUCCACUCGGUUUCUAUAGACGACGGAUACCCAGAGAACUCCCAAACCUGGCCUGGGGUCAAGAGACCGCCAGCAAGAGUAGCAGCAUAGGGCAGUGGUUCCAGUUCAAGGAGACUGGCUCAGGCCCUUACUUGCUUCUCCACCCCCCUCAGUCUCCCCCCACCUUCACCUUGUUGUGCGUUGUGCACUUUUGUUCCUACACUCAGAUGUCGCUGCAGGCAAACACUCCACCCUCCAUUUUCCCCACUACUGCAGCCGCCUCCAGGCCUGUUGCUAUAGAGCCUACCUGUGUGUCGAUAAACAGCUGAAGCACCCGU